CAGCAGCACAGUGUCGGACUCCUAACAGCGCAUCUCCAACCGAACCAGCGCACCGAAAACGCGCAGACGCACCAACAGCGGAGCUUACAGCCGGUCCGCACAGUCUCCCUCUGCCCUCUCUGAGACGAAGACACCAGGAAUAAAUCAAGAGACACAGUCUGGGGGAAAAAUCAGUCCCAUUGCUGACCUUGUUCCCGAGUUGCCCUGGAAGGUGGGAUGCCAUCGAUCGACAUGAAACUGGAGCUGGUGACGCUCAUUGCGUGCGAUGUGGACGCAGAGGUGUUCACAUCGGACAAACUGCAGGAGCGUUUCGAGGCUCUGUUCCGGAUCUACGACAAUCAGACCACCUUCCAGAUGUUCAAGAGUUUCCGGAGGGUCCGGAUCAGCCUCGGCACGUCGGAGGCCGCCGCACGCGCUCGUGUGGAGCUGCACGAGUCCGAAUUCAACGGCUCCAAACUCAGCCUUUAUUUUGCACAGGUCCAGAACUCAGGUGAGGACGUGGACAAAACAUUUCUGGCACCACCUCAACCUGUGAAACAGUUCCUCAUCUCACCACCCUCUUCUCCUCCUGUUGGGUGGAGCCAAGCAGAAGAUGCUACACCAGUCAUCAACUAUGACCUUCUGUGUGCUGUGGCUAAAUUGGGUCCAGGUGAGCAAUACGAGCUGCAUGCGGGUACAGAAUCCACCCCCAGCGUGGUGGUGCACGUGUGCGAGAGCGAGACCGAGGAGGACGACGAGGCCCGGCCCAAGAUGAAGAUCAUCCAGACGCGACGUCCCGACAGCCCCCCGAAAGUCUGCAACUAAACCCUCUCUACUGCAUGUGUUCUCUGUCCAAAUCCGUCUCUCUCUCUCUCACACAGAGGCAAAGACACCCUUCAUUUCAGCUCUAAUUUAAAAAUCUCUUAAAAUCAGAACGAAAUUUAGAGGGUAGAGCAUUUGCCGCUGGCUUGGCGAGGGACGGGCCGGGUCGGCCUGUGGUGGAUGUACUGGCACACGGACACGUCACUGUCUCACAGAAAAGAUAAGGUAGCAUGGUGGGGGAGUGAAGAACCUCCUGCAAUACGAGCACUUUGUCACUUAUUCGUUCACUUACCUAGAUGUAGCACUAGAAUUGGUAGAAAUGUGUCUAAAUGUAGUAGUAGAAGCAGAAGUAGUGGUUUAUUAUCGGACUUUUUGUUCCUAUCAUUCACUGACUGAUCAUAAAGGAAUAAAAAGGGAAGCUAAGCAUGGCAUCCACUUGGAUGUUUUUAUUUUGUAUUUAUUUUGCAGUGUUUUUUCUCAUGAUCAUAUCACAUAAGUGAUGUACUGGGUUCAGAAAGUCCAUUUGUGUAUGACUGAUGCGAUGAAAUGCAAAGAGGACGUCUAUUGGAAUAGGUUAAUCGCGAAGACAAACAUGCACACCGCCUUCGGUUGCUGUUCUGUAAAUCUGUGAGAUGGAUUUUUGUACUAUAUGUGUGUUGUGAUAAUCAAUACUAAUGUUCCUAUCAUGUAUUUGAUACCACAGGCAUUAUUUGCAUGCGUGUAGGUCAAUCUGAAGUGUUUUAUUUUGACCCGUAAAGGUCCUGAUUAAGGCCGUAAGUACACAUUCUAAGAAUUGUCGGGACUCCUACCAGGCUGUAUAGUAAAUACGCUUUAAUUUGUUAAUGUGUAUUUGUAAUUAACACAUAAACUUCUGUUUCAUUUCUUUCAACCUUGCAAAGCGCUGUGCUUUUGCUUGUCUUUUUGGUGUCUAAAGAAGUGCAAGAUAAAUCACUUAAACCAGUUAAACGUGUCUGAAAAUGACCUUCCCUGUAAGUAGCGAUCAAAAGUUUUGCCCACAAAAACACGGACAUGUCAAGUAACACACUAGCAAUAAGGAAUACCCCAAGAUUAUAGACUUUAGAGUACAAUA